AAAUUUUUUGUGAUUAAGCAACUUGGUCCAUAAGUUUUAAAUAAUUUGAAAUUCACCAUCUAGAUUUCAAAUUUAAUUAAAUCAGCCCCCUCAACUUUUAAUUCUAUUGCGAUUGUGCAUGCAUAUACUUGAUUUUGUUCAAAUUAAGUCAAGGGUUUCAAGUGUUGCAAAUUUGUCCACUUACUUUUAAAGUCCACCUAAUCCAAAUAAAAAAAAUAAAUAAAUAAAAGUGGAAUAAAAUUUCCAAAUGUUAAAAUAUAUAAUGGUGCUUUAUACAGAGGAUUGCAAGAUUGUGUGUAUAUAUUUCCUCAUUCAUAAUGAUAGUCUUGAACUUUGAUCUCUACGUAAAUCAUAUUUUAGGUGACUUAUCCGCCAGUGGUUACUUUUUUCUUUUUUUUAUACUUAAUUUUUCAUUAAUUUUCAUGUAAUUUUUCAAAAUUUUAAGUGGUCAACAAUAAGAAAGCCUAUUUUGAGUCUUAAAGUUUAAAAUUUGAUCCAUUUUUACUUCUUUUGUUAUUUUUUUUUUCAUUGGACAUGUUAUUUUAAUGGAAAUCUCAAAAUAGAGUAGUAAAAAAAGGUUUUUUUUUUUUUAGAGGGAUAACAAAAGAACUUUCUAAGUAGAGAAACCAAAAAAUGACUUUUUUUUAAGUAAAUGGACCAAAAGAGGGUUAAAAAGGGCCUUUUUAGUUCAUUUAUUUUGAAAAUUUUGUUAUCUAACAUGUCAUGUAUAUAAAAUAUAGUUGAGAGACUAAAAAUAUGUCAUAUUUUAAACUUUAAAGAUUAAAAAGAGGUUUUUUUAAGUAUAGGAACUCAGUAGAGGGAUCAAAAUGAAGUUGUAACCUAGUUUCCUCCAUUAAUUCUGUUUGUACAGAUUGUAUAAGAUUUCUGACAUAUAAUAAAAUAACCUGAUUCUUCUGACAUAGAGAGUUUAACAUGUUUAAUUUUUGUUUGAAUGUAAUCAAAAGCAUUUAUCAAAAAUAAAUAUGUAACGUGCCACAAAGAUGAAUAAGUUACUAUUAACUUUUGAUAAGCACUUUCAACCACUGAAGCAGCAUGAAUCUCGGGAGAAUAUGGAGAAAGAUACCUUGUUGCCCAAUAUGAAGAAGUUUGGAAUCAUUGUUGAAUCAAAUAAUGUCUUUUACCCUUAUUCUUAUAAAAUGCAACAACUUGAAUAAGAAUCAAAUGAUAAGGAUUAGGGAUUUCACAUAUUUAUUUGAUGAGCAACACCAUAGUUUUGUGAACGCAUUAAAUCAUAAAUAUUUUGUGUACCUUUUAAGUUCUAGACUAGGUUUAAUAUACACCUUGUUGCAUG